AUGAUGUCUCUGAGAUUGUGUUUGACCGUGCUUGUCUGUGUCGCCGUGGCGGCAGCGCUGACUAAGAAGUCCUCUAGGAGAGUUCGGUCAGUCAAUGAGAGACCCAACAUAGCCAAGAGACAAGCCACGUGUAAGGACAACGAAUUCAAGUGCAAGGACGGUUUGUGUGUACAGUCCGAGUGGGUCUGUGACACCGAGAGGGACUGCUACGAUGGUUCUGACGAAGCAGGAUGUCCCACUGACUGUACAGGUGAGCACCAGGUCAAGUGUAACAACGGCAAGUGUGUGGCCUCCGAGUACAGGUGUGAUGGCGAGAAUGACUGCGGUGAUAACACUGAUGAAAUCAACUGCCAUAUCACUGAUUGCUCAGCUGGCGAGGUAAAAUGCGACAAUUUUGUCUGUAUUGAAAGCACUUGGUUCUGUGACAGCAUAGACGACUGUGGCAAUGGAUUUGACGAGAAGAACUGCACCGGAAGUUGUAACAGCUACCAGUUCCGCUGCGCUGACGGCUCAAAGUGCAUCGACAGGAGGUGGGAGUGUGACGGAGAGGAUGAUUGUAGAGAUGCCAGCGAUGAGCUCCAGUGUGUGUGUGAUGAAACCACCGAGUGGAAAUGUACAAACGGACGCUGUAUCGACAAAGAUUGGAGGUGUGACCACGAUAACGACUGCGGUGACGCUUCUGAUGAGCUGAACUGUGCCGAGGAGCACGACAGUCUGUGCAAUGACCUGCUGACCCUCCGAGAUUGUGCCCUGAUGAACGAGACUGCCCAUCCCAUCUGCCUGGACACCGUGGAUGGACACCACUAUUGCAGAAAGUACUGUAGUCUGUGCAUUACCUCCAGCUAG